AUGCCGUCUAUCAUGGCGUUGUUGGCACGAGACUCCGGCGAUGUCGAUAUCGAACGCAGUGUGCAGAAGUGGAAUUAUGCUUGCCAGUCACUAUGUAUCAUUACGAUGACCAUUUUCUUUGGUCUUCGAGUUUAUACUCGUCAGUUCAUUCUGAAUGGAUUUGGAAAGGAGGACUGGGCCUGUACGGCGGCAUGGUUUCUCGGUGUCUGCUAUUCAAUAACUGCCAUCCUCAUGGGACAUUAUGGAGGAGGACUUCACCUCACAGACGUACCUGAUGAAGACCUCAUUCCUUUUUCAAAAACCGUUUACGUGACAUUGGUCAUGUACGGACCAACAGCAUACAUCACGAAAUUCUGUCUUCUUUGGAUCAUGACCCGCGUAUUCAGUCCUUUCCGCAAAGCCGUCAUUUUCAUUUACGCCUUCAUGGGAAUCAUGCUUGCCUACUACAUUCCGGCAGUUAUCGUCAAAAUCCGACUCUGCAACCCAAUAUCCAAAUUCUGGGACCCCAAUAUCGAGGGCAGUUGCAUGGACGAAAACGCCAUCAUCAUGGCUGAUGCUGUCAUCAGUGUUACUAGUGAUCUGAUUGUUCUAUUACUGCCAUUGCCCUUGACUCUAAGUCUUCAAAUGUCGACCAAGAAGAAGAUGAGAGUCAUUGCUAUCCUUGGUGCGGGUGGAUUGGCUGUCGCAUCCAGUAUCAUCCGUUUGGCUCUGAUUGUUGUUACCGCCAAAUCGAAAGAUACCACAUUGGCCUUUAUGAGGGUCAAUAUGCUUGGAAAUGCCGAAAUCUCUAUCGGAGUAAUCUGCACCUGUCUCCCUGCCCUUUCGGCCCUUUUGAAGAAAGUCCUCCGCGAAUACUCGAGCAAUAAAGCAACGACGAGCCCUUCCGAUUAUAAGAUGGACACGCUACGAAACCAAAGCAAGACGCAACGAAGCACGAAGCAAAUGAGUGUUCUUGAGAGGGAGUCUGACGAGGAUGUGCUCAUGUUCAACGCACAAGGUAAUCCAAGGAUUGAAACGACUGUCAAUGUAGACAACGGGCAUCAUGACAAUUUACGAAGCGAGUCCUUUGGUGGUAUUGGAGUUACAAGGACGGUUGAUGUCGACGUCUCUUCGGCUCAUGAAAACCGACAUCAUGGUGUUUAA